GCAGCUAGAUAAAGAAGUGUUUCGAGGAAGCGGAUAAAUUGUGAUUACAAAAGUGCUAUGCAGAAAGUGUUGCUCUUCGCCUGUCUGUUGGGAACUGUAGCAUGGGCUACGGAGGUGUACUAUGCGCCCGUCGGCAGCUCUGCGGCAGCUUAUUAUGCACCACUGCCGCUCGCAAUGCCGGCAGCACGCACCGCUGCAAUUGUGCCAUUGGCUUAUUCACGCAUUCAAGCUGCUGUGCCGGUGCCGACUGUUGAGACCUACAACAGCGUGCACACACCUGACUCGUUUCAGCAACAAUAUCGUUCCGACUACAAACCGGUCACCUAUGAGUUCAUACAUUGAAUAUCGGAAAGAGUUCGCAUGAAAAUUGGAAAAU